CGGUCAGCCUGCCGUCUGAGAACCCACCUUUCGUGGUUCAGCCUGAUGCUCGAUGACCCAGUGUACCCUACCCAGCUUGAUGUCUACCCAGCCUCAUUGGUCCUAUUAUGCCAGAAGACUCGGUGCCCGCUGUCGCGCCAGAUGACUCGGUGCCCGCUGUCGAGCUUGAUGACUCGGUACCUGCUGUCCUGCCAGAUGACUCGGUGCCGCGCGGUUCUGCUAGAUGGCUCGGUGCCCGCUGUCAUGCCAGAUGACUCAGGGCUCGCUGUUGUGCCAGAUGACUCGGUGCCCGCUGUUGAGCUUGGUGACCCAGUGCCUGCAGUUCUGCCAGAUGACUCGGUACCCGCUGUCCUUCCAGAUGAC